ACCAAACUAUACGCUGCGCGAUCAACUGAAUGUAUUAUCAAAUUCGCUGAACAAAUGGGUAAAUUAGCAGCAUCGCGAAAGGAUACGGUAACGUUGAAAAUGAAAGAAGCUGCUGCAGGAUGCCUCGGAUUUUUGUCGUGUUUGGAUUUGUCUGAAGAAGUUUACGAGAGAAUUAUCAGUGAAUUGUAUGCGAUUGGAGAGGUGAAUAUUGCACAAUACAAAUAA